UCUUCUGAACGUAUUCCGAUCUAAAUGGAAUUAGUUGAGAAAGCCCUUUGUGAAAGGAAUAGACAUGGUACAUGGGAACAGGUUCCUUCACGUUGUUGCAGGUCUUCUCAUGCUUCGGUUGUCUGGGGCAACAAAGAAGGAAACCGUGAAAAACAAUUCAGGAGUGCAGCCAGCAGGGCAGUGUGGAACCUGGGUGAAAGAACCAGAGGGAGGCCUCUUCACCUCACCCAAUUACCCAAACAAAUAUCCUCCAGAGCGAGAAUGCAUCUACAUCAUUGAAGCUCCCCCAAGACAAUGCAUUGAUCUUUUCUUUGAUGAAAAGUAUUCAAUAGAGCCUUCAUGGGAAUGUAAAUUUGACCAUAUUGAAGUCCGGGAUGGGCCCUUUGGCUUUUCUCCAAUAAUUGGACGCUACUGCGGCCAACAGAACCCUCCAUAUAUCAGAUCGAGCGGCCGUUACCUAUGGAUAAAAUUUGUUGCGGAUGGUGAAUUGGAAGCGAUGGGAUUUUCUGCAAGCUACAAUUUCACAGCAGAUCCUGACUUUAAAGACAUAGGAGUCCCCAAACCUCUUCCCUUUUGUGAAUUCGAGAUGGGAGGACCUGAAGGCAUCAUUGAAUCACAGCAGAUCACCAAAGACGGCAAAGCCUUGCCGACUGAGGCAGUGGACUGCAAGUGGUACAUCCGUGCCCCUCCUCGCUCCAAGAUCUACUUGCGUUUCCUAGACUACGAGAUGCAGAACUCCAACGAGUGUAAACGUAAUUUUGUGGCGGUAUACGACGGCAGCAGCUCGGUGGAAGACCUGAGGAAUAAAUACUGCAGCACGGUGGCCAACGACAUCAUGCUGGUGUCCACGCUGGGUGUGGUCCGCAUGUUGGCCGACGAGGGCAGCCGAAAGAGCCACUUCCGGAUACUCUUCACUACCUUCCAAGAGCCUCCCUGUGAGGCAGAUACUUUCUUUUGCCAUAGUAACAUGUGUAUCAACAACACACUGGUGUGCAACGGUGUCCAGAACUGUGUCUACCCUUGGGACGAAAACCACUGCAAAGAAAACCGGAAAGCCAACAUCCUGGACAACAUCAACAACACCAACGGCACCAUCAUCGGCGUAACAUGCUGCAUCGUACUGAUCCUCCUGGUCGUAUCAGUCAUCGUCCAAAUCAAGCAGCCGCGGAAGAAGUACAUCCUGAGGCGGGAGGACUUUGACCCCACCAUGUUCCAGGAGGUGUUCCAGGAGCCGCCGCAUUACGAGCUCUGCACUCUCCGCAGCGCGGCAGCCACCUCCGCGGACCUGGCCGAGCUGGCCCAGGACUUUGAGAGCUUCCACAAGCUCCGGCGCGCCUCCUCGCGCUGCGUCCACGAGCAUCACUGCGGGUACUCGCAGCUGUCCAGCAGCAAGGGCAGCCGCACCAACCUGAGCACCUGCGAGGCCACGGCCGCCAUCCUGACGGACAUCCCACCGCAGCCCAUGCGGCCGCUUCCUCCCCAAACCAACCGCAGGAACAUUCUGGUAAUGAGACACACCUACUCACAAGAUGCCGCGGAUGCCUGUGACCUGGACGAUGACCUGGAGGAAAUGCCCACCACCAGCCACAGGCUGUCCAGACACGAGAAAGCAGUGCAGCGGUUCUGCCUCAUUGGGUCUCUAAACAAACAUGAAUCUGAGUACAACACAACUAGGGUGUAACAGACAAUCUGAAGACUUCUUGAAAAUAGUGCAAUCCUGGAUCAGUACGAACGGGCUUCAAUGAAAUAUGAAAAUGUGGACCGGAGAUAUACACCAGCAUGAUAAUAACAUGGACAUUUUAAAGAUAAAUUUAUC